AUGUCUUAUUACAUUUCUAACUAUUUUAUUUUCAGAUUCUAUUCAAAAAUGAAUUUGCGAUGUAUAGUGUCUUUAAUACUGUUAGCUACCUUUCCAACCUUAUCGUCAACUAUGACGCUAAAACGACACUACCGUAGACCCGUGUGCGAGCCCACUCAGUCCUGCUCCUACAGCUACCAACAGUUCACAUUCGAGCUCUGUGAUUGUCCGGAGAGCAAGUCGUGCCCAAUGGACAACGGUGUUCAGCUUAAGGGAAUUACAUAUCAGUUUUGUGCGGCUCGAGAGCUGCCAGAAUGCGCUUCCGACGAGACGGCAGCCGAGAUCAACAUGCUGCAAACAUCAAUUUACUGUGUAUGCCCACCCAAUCAGAUUUAUGUCAAACAGAAGGACACGUCAAAAGCCAAUGCUAAAUACGUGUGCCAGGAAAAAGCAAUGUGCGAGCCUGGACAGAUGUGCGGAGUUGGCAACCCAAUCGUUGGCAUCAAACACCUCUGCCACUGCGACGCCAACUCCCAAUGCCAAAUCACCUCACCGAACGUUUUCAGUCCAAUGGUAAUACAAAACGCAACCUGCCAGCCAAUCUAGAAGCCCAGCUUAACAAUAUCAUUUCCAUACUAAUCAAAAUUUCCAACGCAAUCUCUCACAAAACGUAAAAUCACAAAAUCCCUGUGACCCUAUUAUUCUGAGAUCUUUGCAUACUUUACAAAUAUUACGUGUUCCUCCAUCAUACUACCCGAAAAAAAUAUAUUGUUAAUUUACAUAAUGAUGCACUGUCCUGUCUUUUCGAUUUUUUCCAUUCUUUUUUUCUGUAAUUUUGUACUGCUUCCGAAGCUGUAAUUAUUUGUGAAAUAGCCCUUUUAUUUGUAUAUGCUUCCCUGACACAAAUUUUGAUGACUCUGAAUAAAGAAAAGAGCCAGCAAGUUUUG